GGGCGAAGCCUUCGACUUCCGGGCCACGGCUGGGACCGCCUCCCGAGGGCGGGUCUCAGGCGCCGAUUGGCUGUGAUCCACAUGGGCUAGCGGCGAUUAGGCGGCUUGGAAGGAGGUGGCUCCGCCCAUCCGCGUCCCAAGCUCGGCUGGGCCAUGGCGGUCUCGGCCCUGCGGGAGGAGUUGGACUCCAAGUUCCUGCAGUUGCUCAGCGACCUGGAGGAACUGGAGGCGAAGCGGGCUGCGCUGAACACGCGGGUGGAGGAGGGUUGGCUCUCGCUUGCCAAGGCUCGCUAUGCCAUGGGCGCCAAGUCGGUAGGGCCCCUGCAGUAUGCCUCGCGUAUGGAGCCUCAGGUCUGCGUGCGCGCCAGCGAGGCUCAGGAUGGACCCCAGACCUUCAGGGUGAUCAAAGCUGACGCCCAAACCCCUGAGGAAGUGGGCCCCCGCGAGGCAUCUCUGCGCAGGCGCAAAGGCCCUGCCAAGACCCAAGAGUCAGGGUCCUCUGUAGUUCCUCAAGAUCCCUUGAACUGGUUUGGAAUCUUGGUUCCUCAUAGUCUGCGCCAGGCCCAAGCCAGCUUCCGGGACGGCCUGCAGCUGGCUGCAGAUAUAGCCAGCCUCCAGACCCGCAUCACCUGGGGACGAAGCCAGCUCCGGGGCCUCCAGAAAAAGCUUAAGGAGUUGGACCCGGGGCCUGCCUGACCUGCGUCUAGUUCUCGAGGCACUGAGCAUAGCCUCAGAUGCCACUGCCUUAUGUCAGACCUUCUUUCAUAAAUAGCCCCUGUCUCAGCUAAUGCCCCUUUUAGAAAUGGCCUUCAUCUAUGUUGUUCCCAGCUUUGAGAGGUGUGAAGCUGAGUUAUGAAGUUUGACAAGGCAAGUGGAGCAGUGUUGACAGCAACUUGUACGAAACCACUUCUAGGUCCGUGUUCUCCUAGGGCCUUCCUCCCAGGGGCGUGUUAGUGAACAGGUGAAUAAUCUCUUAUCAGCCAGCUAAGAUCCUGGAAUACUGCAGGAUCAGGGCAGUUCCAGUUAGAAACACACCUCUGGCUGGGCAUGGUAGUACAUGCCUGUGGUCCCCGAAACUCUAGGGGCUAAGGCAGGAGAAUCACUUAAGCCCUGGAGUUAGAGACUACCCCGGGCAAGAGACCUUUAAAAUUAGAUAAUAAAAAGAUAACACACACUCAAAUAGCUAACAGGGUCUUAUAUCAUUACAAAAGGGGGAAAAUGCUUUGACAUUCUUUCAAGGGAACUGAAGAGACCUCCUCACUUGUGUUUAUCUCACAGAAGUGAGGUCCAGCCUCUGUUUGCUGAAGUGUUAUUACCUCAUCUAGGAACUGUCCUGCCUCACUUUCUACUGAGCUACCUUUUCAGUUGUAUUUGGGAGGAGAAUGCAAUAGUUUAUGGGGUGUAAAUAUUUCUUCCCGACUUAAUUUUGCUUAUAUUGGUUUUUCUACUUAAUUGUAAAAUGCAUAAACUUGUACAGAAAAAUUGAAUAAAGUGAAAGCUACAGUAA